AACGUGCCAAGAGUGGGCAGGUUUGUAAGUUCAGUAUAAGAAAGAAUAGAUCCCGCGAUGCAGCGUUGUACGCAGACGUCACUUGGUGUAACUACACGACAACUUCGGAACCAACAUCCAUGCUGUCUCUCGGCAACGUCCAAGUUUGAUACUUACGAUAGACUUCACCAAGAUCAAAAUAUCAAAACACGUCGAUAUGUCAGAAGAGAAGAAAGAUGGCAUCUCGCCGGUCGCGACAGCGCCCAGCAUAGAUGAAGGUCAAAUGGCCGCUGAAAAGCAGAUGCGCGAUAUUGGAGCAGAACUGUAUAUGGAAGUCAGACAAUACACAAGAGAAGAACUAGACGAAGAAAGGAAGAUCGUGCUGCGCAAGAUUGACUGGGUCAUCAUGCCCAUGAUCUGCAUGACCUACACCAUCCAGUUCCUCGACAAACUGUCCCUAAACUAUGCCUCCGCGUACACGCUCAUACCAGAUCUUGGUCUUGAGGGCCAACGAUAUUCCUGGGUAGCAGCCAUCUUCAACUUUGGAUACCUGUUCUGGGCGCUCCCAGCAAACUACCUCAUCCAGCGCCUGCCCGUCUCGAAGUACACUGGCACCAUGAUUCUCACGUGGUCAAUUCUCCUCUGCUGCCACGUCGCAGCGAAGAACUACGCCGGCAUUCUCGCCCUCCGCUUCCUCCUCGGCAUGUUCGAAGCCUCCAUCUCGCCCGCCAUCAUGAACAUCGUCUCCAUGUUCUACACGCGCUCCGAGCAGCCCCUGCGGAUGUGCAUCUUCCUCGCCUUCAACGGCGUUGCCACCAUGGUCGGCGCACUUCUCGGCUACGGGCUGGGCCACGCACACAGCCCGCUGAUCAAAACCUGGCAGCUCAUUUUCCUAGUCAUAGGCCUCGUGAACUUCGUCUGGGCAUGGGUGUUCCUGUGGGUUAUGCCGGACAGUCCCGCAACAGCGAAGUUCUUGACGCAUAAGCAGCGCAUCGUGGCUAUUGAUCGCAUCGCGGGCAACAUGAUCGGCGUCAAGACCAAGCAGUUUCAGAAAAGCCAGGCGUGGGAGGCGCUGCUGGAUGUCAAGGUUCACUGUCUGAUGCUCAUCGGGCUGGGCUGCGGUGUCGUAAACGGCGGCGUGUCGAACUUCGCGUCCUCUCUGAUCCGCGGCUUUGGAUUCAGCGGCAUCUACGCCACGCUGCUUCAGCUUCCCACCGGCGCGAUCGAGUUCGUGGUCGUGCCUAUUUGCGGACUGGCGGCGGGAUACUUCAAGGACACGCGCUGCCUGAUCCUCGCCUUUAUUUGUCUGCCUCCCCUCGGUGGCCUUCUCGGCAUCCGACUUACACCUCUGAGCGAGCGUUGGAGCCUCGUGGGCUGCACAUGGCUGCAGUACAUCAUCGGCGCGCCUGUGAUCCUCUCCUGGAAUCUGCUCACGAGCAACAUUGCAGGCCACACCAAGCGUAGCACCGCGAACGGACUGUGGUUCGUGUUCUACGCCGCAGGCAACAUCGCCGGAGCGAACCUCUUCUUUGCCCGCGAAGCUCCGAGGUACUUUUCGGCGCUCACAGGAUUGAUCGUGUGCUACUGCGGCAUGUUUGUUAUUGCAAUCGCCUUGAGGCAGUACAUGUGGUGGGAGAACAAGAGGAGGGAUAAGAAGUAUGGCGCGGGCGAGGAUGAGCAGGCUAUUCAAGACGGAUUCAAGGAUCAGACGGAUAUGCAGGCGAAGCAUUUCAGAUACGCACUUUAGCGGUGGGGAAUGAUAUGUCUUGGUUUCCGCAACGAAACUCAGUUCGAGGGGCGGAAUGGCCCAGGUAGAGUCACCAGCUGUCUAUACCUAUGAAUCAACUUCUCUACCCACCCUUUGUCUUUGACCAAGCUUGUCACCUCUUCUCCAAAACGCAACGCAGUUCAAUCAUGAAUACAUCCAAGUUUGGCAGUAAAGUGAG